GGGUUCUGAACACUGCGGGUCUUUGUGGUCCGGUGGACAAAGAGCUGCUGAGACCUCUGCGGGUCACAGCCAAACAGACCGACACCGAGCCGGACUCUCCACAACAACUGCUUCACUUCAGCUGCGACAUGAAGCGCUGCCUCGGGCUGGUUCUGCUGCUCUGGUCCGGGAUGCUGCAUGAGGGUUCUGGGCUUCGCUGCUACAGGUGUGCCGAUUACACGGGCCGCUGCGAGAACGUGCAGGAGUGCACAUUCGAAGACUCGUGCAUCUCUCUGAACGAUCAAGGUGGGAAGACGAUCCGGCAGUGUAUCCGGUACACAGAGUGCGACGUGUCCCGCCUCUCCCAGAUGUUCCCGUCCAUCUCCAGAUUCACGUACAGAUGCUGCAACAGUAACCUGUGUAACUCGGGCUCCACGGCCCCCGCAGCCGGCCCGGUCCUGGUUCUGCUCUGGUCCCUAGUGAGCCUUUGGUGGUUCUGGUUCUGAAUCGCUGCAGCUGUUCUGGAUAUAAAUGUUAGCUUGAACUAAUCUGUGGCUCGCUGGUUGUUUUCAGGCUCCUGCGGCUCCUCAGGUCUCUUCUGUAAAUCUGAUUUUACUCAUUUAAAAUGUGAUUUUCUGUUGGUUUAGCAGGAAAUAAAAUGUUCUGGCUUUUGAA